GUUAUAGGAAUUUUCGCAUCCAAAGAAGUCGAAUUCUAAGCCUAAGUCCAACUUAGAGGUCGUGGGUAGUUGUGAUCGUAAAACACAAGAAUCAACCACCAAAAGCAAGAAAGCGGGACUUGUACACGAUGCAAUUCAAGGUCUUGGCCCGUCAUGCAAAUACUUGCAGUUUAUCAUGACUUCGGCGCCUGAUGAUAUAUAUGAUAAUACUACCAUCCCAUUGGCGGCCUCAGUUUGGCACUCGGAUUUUGAUCAAGAAACAUACAUAACUGCGUCUGAUAUAGGAGAGUUCCUUCGCGGGGCGUGCUUAAACAUUUCAUCGAUCCAAGUCUACAUAUUGUGUUUAUUGCACGAUCAUGCCAAAUCAUUUGAAAUGUCUCGGAUUUCGUUCAUUUGUCCCGAGAUUAUGUCAAGCACUAGAAUCAAGGCCGACCCUGGAGCGCCAACAAUGUAUUUGAAAAACAUUUUCCAAGCUGAAAUUGAAAAGGAGAAGAUGGGUAAUCCUAACCUAACUAAUUGGUUUUUAAUCCCAUAUAAUCAAGAAAAUCAUUGGAAUUUAUACGUGAUGGACCUACGUAGAGGUUAUGUAUAUAUUUUCGAUUCUGCUAGAGAUCCACGUCGAACAGAUUAUGCAUGGGGAAUCUUGAGUUUGGCAUACCAAGUGUACAAGUGCAAUGGUGGGCAUUGUCCGAAUAAAACGAGUUUUAAGUCGUGUAAACCCAUUCAUAUAGAGUGUGCUCAACAAAUCGGCGGAACUGAGUGUGGCUAUUACGUUAUGAAGUUCAUGUUAGAGAUAGUCACGUUACAACAUGACUAUGAAGGCCGGCUAGAUGAGGUCUAUACUCCGAGGACUGCGCCUUAUGCUAGUGAGGAAAUUGAUGUGGUUCGUGAGCAAUGGGCGAAGUUUUUUACCACCAAGUAUUUAUUAUUGACCUGAUGGCGCUUGAUCGUGUUGGUUUAGAUGUUAUAGAACAAUCUUUUAUGUUAAAAUGUAUGCGUACGUUGAAAUUGGAACGUAAAUGUAUUUAAAUGUAUCGGUAUGUGCACUUUUGGUUUUGGGAUAUAUACAAAACUCCAGUUGUU